AUGAACCGGUACCGCGGCCGAAUCGAGCAAGGUCUUGAAAGCUACAUCUAUGCAGCUCUCCGGAGAGAUGUGGAACCAGGCGGGAAUUUCUUCCGGCUGGGCAAGAAAGAGCAUUCCGCCAAUCGACAAGAGACAAUGACACUCCGCUCCUACAACCCCGACGACGCGAGAACUGUUCGUCUUGGUGCAGCUGAACAGCAGCAGACCUCAUGUUGGAUAGGUCCUAGACGAAACUCGAUGAGCCUUUAA